AUGAAUGGAAAGGAUAGUCUCGGCGAGUUUUCUCUCGAUGACCUGUCAGAUUGUCUUGACUGCCAUUCAGUAAGUAGUACUGAUGACGAAAGUGAUAGCAGUAGUAUAGCCAUUCAAAAGCUACGUCCUGUACCAUUAAUAUACAGUGAUUCAGAAGAUGAGGACAUGAAUAAUAAUGUUGAAGACAACAAUGAUACAUGGUCAAUGAACGACAAGAGUACAAUUUUGGAACUUUUCGAAGGCAGCUCUGGCGUAAAAAUUGUGCCAAGUUCCUUCGAAAGCAAAAUGAGAAAGGGUAAUUUGUUAAAGGGGGCUUCUUUUCUUCUUACAAACAAUAUGGUUAAAUCAUUCAUAAGGAUAUUUAAAGAUACUGUACUAGAAAAAUGUAAAGCUUUUAACAAUUACAAGAUAAUGAAUGCAUCAAAGCAUGUUCAAGAUUUAUCUAUAGCAGAGAAAAACCAUUCUGCAUUUUCUUCAGAAAUUAAAAAAUUGAAUGCAAACUUCUCUAAACUUGUUAAAGUUGCAAAUGAAAAUUAUUCAGAAGGUAUCUUAAAUGCCGUUUCUAAAAUUAAUGUACAUCUUGAUAAAAUAUCAACACCAAAGCAAGUUCUAUCUUUGUACUCCAAUAAACUAAAUCUUAAAAAAACUGGUAACAUUAAAGUGCAAUCAAUGGCAGAGUCCAGAAGAAAAAUUAGAGCAGGAGCAAAGAAAAUACAGUCUGGUAGACCAAGCAAUGAAGAACUUAAUGGGAAAAAAAAAAAAAAAAAAAAAAUACGACUUUAAUUUAAAUAAGCUGAUUAUAUGUGUUAUUUUGAAUGGAACAGUACCAUUUUCUCAACAUUUCCUAGCUAUCCAGUUAUAAGAUAUUUCUCCUGCUUUCUUAGCAUGGGCGCGUAUUCCAAAGGUCCGUGGUUCGAUUCCCGGCGAAGGCGUUGCUCAUUUUCCAUCUUUCCUGCUAUCAAAAAAUACCUAACGUCUCUACACAGUCAUUUUGACAAAAAAAAUCCUAGUUUCCUAGUUUCCGGUGCCCACGGGAUUUGGCUACU